AGGUAGAAAUGAUGGAGUCUAAAAUAGAGCAGCUGAUGGAAACGCUGGCUGAUCUGGUUCCCAGUGAGCUGCAGAUCUUCUACAAGCUCUUGAUGAAAACAAUGAGCUGUGAUUGGAUUCCUGUGAAGAAGCUGGAGCAGCAGAGCUUGGUGUUUUCACUGGUGCGGACACACGCUGGACAGUGUGUGGAGGUAGCUAAGAAGAUCCUAAAGUCUAUGCGGAAGAUAGAUCUGCUGGAACAGAUGGAGGACAGCGGCCCCAGAGCAAAAAAAAAACGGUUUGAUGAGCUUCUGUCUGCAGAAAUCCACAGAGUUUCGGCCGUGGCUGUAACCAAAGAUCUGGUUCUGGAAACGCUGAAUGACCUGAAGGGAAGUGAAUUCAUGAAAUUUAAAUGGUUCCUGCAGCUGACUCAGUUCCAAAGGCGUCUUCCACAAAUCCCAUGGAGCGAGAUGCAGUUUGCAAACAGGACAGACUUGGUGAUGAUGAUGUGGACUACAUGUGGUGACGAGUGUCUGCAGGUGACUGAGGAGGUUCUGACGGACAUGAAAAGGUCUGAUCUGGUGGAGAAGCUUCCAGUGCAAAGUUCCCGCUUUAAAGUGAAGGCCUCUGUGAGCGAAGCUUGGCCUGAACUGAAGCAGGAAGUAAGAUACAUGGAGUCCAUUAUCAAGUGGCUGCUGGAACAGCUGGAUGGUCUGACUGUCAGGGAUCUAAAAGAUAUCCAGAAGAUCCUUAGUUGGACCCGGUGCAACAGUCCGUACUUAUGCGUCUCAUCGAGGCUUCUGGGCAUGGAGGCUGACCUGCAGGACACUGUGUUUCUAAUGGUGCAGACCUACAGCCACCAUCCUGUGGAUAAGAUGGUGAAACUGUUCCAGAGCAUGAACAGGGAGGACCUGGUGUUUAAUCUCAUUCAAUCCACAGAAAAGAAACUUUAUGAGAGGAAACGGAGCUCCAGUGUCAUCCAGAAAGUGGCAUUAAUGGCAGCUGUUAAACAUCUGCUCCUGGAAACCUUCAACUCUCUGAGUCAAGCUGAGUUUUUUCAGCUCAAGAGGCUCCUUUACCCGAAUUCCUCACAAACCACAAAGUUGAGUUUGACAGAAAUGGUGAAUGUAAUGGUGGAGGAGCUGGGAGCAAAGGCUGUGGAGGAAACCAGGAAAAUCUUCAAGCACAUGAACAGAGCCGAUCUGCUGGAGGUGCUUCCAGAGACCGGCUGUGGAACAGAAAUCCCAUCUACAUGUUUGGAUGCUGUGAAAAGUGAAAGUCCAGAGCUGGACUCCAGCAGCUGGACCAAAGUUGACCCUGAGGUGGACAGGACAUCUCCAGAUGAAGCACAAACAUUCAGCCUCCGGUCUGAAGCGGGCCGCUUUGAAUGCAGCGUCUCUGGUCUGCGUUGGUUCUGCCAGGAAAAGGUGGCCUUUAGGUACCGGUUCUGCUCGUGGGAUGGCCACAUGGAGAGGAUGGAGAGCAGAGGAUACAGGCCUGCAGGUCCUUUAAUGGACAUCACUGUCUCUACUGGGACGAUGCUGGAGGUCCAGCUGCCUCACUGGGUCCACAUCGAAGAUGUUCCUGAGUUAUUGGACAACUUUGCUGUCCUGCAUGUAACAGACUAUGGAGAUGUCCUGGAAAAAGUGGCCCGGGUCACAGAGACUCAUCUCACGUUAACAGAACCAGCUUUCUCCUUGUGGGCACCUCUUCUAAACAUCUUCUUCUCUCCACGAAUCAACUGCUGUAACACAUUAAUAUACUAUCAGCCCAACAAGCCGUUCCUCAAGCUGCACGUUUACCUGAUCCUGCCGGAUCCUGCUCUGAAACAGUCGAUCUACAAAGAUGAAACCUCUGGGGGGUAUGAAGCAAUCAAGAAGCCCCACCCAGACCAGCGUCUGAAGAUGGACUGUGGUUUCACCCUCAAGGCUUCCGUAGAGACCGCCCACAUUCAGCCCCCGCAAAUAACUCUGAGGCACGUCAGCCAGGAUCCAAACUUCUACGAGGUGUUCAUUGAGAAUCCAGACAGAAAGUUUAACCUGGAGCUGCUGCAGACCGGUUCAGAAACAGUUUGGUUCUGUGAAAUUCGUAAAGAUGAUUAUCCUAAAUCUGGUUUGUCUGCAGAUGGAGGAUCUUCAACAGAAGCUGUAGCUGUGAAAGCAGAAGAGGAGCACUUUGUGGACAAACACAGAAAAGAGCUGAUCCAGAGAGUGAGCAACAUCAAACCCAUUUUAGAUGGACUUUUCCAGGAGAAAGUUCUCCUGGAUGAGGCCUACGACAGAAUAAGAUCUCUAGCGACCUCCCACGAUCAGAUGAGGGAGAUAUUCCUCUGCAUGAAAGCUGGAGAUGCCUGCAAAAAUAUCUUCCUCUCCAUUCUUCAAGAGAAUGAAAGAUUCCUCAUAUCUGAGCUAAAGGGUUAACGAGUCGACCAGAGCGACCCAGACUAGUUAGUGAUGGUUACCUGCAUUUGGACUGACCUCUUUUAAAGCUAUUCUGGAGGAUUUUUUUCACCCUUUACACAAAUAAAUAUAUUUCUUUAAAUAAAUCAAAAUUAGGCUUAAAAUUAAUAAAAUAAGGACAAAAACAUUUAAUGAAGAGGAAGCAUCAAUUUUCUUCUAUAGGAUAUUAAUAUAUUAUUUUAUUUAAAACAUUAACAGUUUAAGUUAUUGACAAGAAAUAUUGAUCUAAAAACCUAUUUCUGAUUCUUUAAUGUUAUUUUGUUGUGAAAAUUCUAUAAAAAAUUUUUUUAAAUAUUC